AUGGUCACCACCAAGGCCGACGCCCUGCGCGAAAUGGCGAACCAGCGCAUGCGCGACACGCUCGCCGACAUCGACGCUCAGCUCGCAGGAGCGGCGCCGGGAGGCGCCGACGGCAGCGGACCGGACGGCGCGGCGUCGGCUCGAGAGGCGAUUGAGAAGGCUAUCGGCGCCCUCCAGGUGGGUCUCAUCGAGCGCGACACGGAGGUGCGGCUGCUCCUGCUCGCGGCGGUGUGCGGCGAGCACCUCCUGCUCAUCGGGCCGCCCGGCACGGCCAAGUCCGAGCUCGGCCGGCGGCUCUCCCGGGCCUGUCAGGGGGGGUACUUCGAGCGCCUCCUGACGCGGUUCUCGGUCCCGGAGGAGCUGUUCGGCCCGCUGUCGAUGCGAGCGCUCGAGCAGGAUCAGUACAUUCGCCAGGUCGACGGCUACCUGCCCUCGGCGACGGUCGCCUUCGUCGACGAGAUCUUCAAAGCCAAUUCGGCGAUCCUCAACACCCUGCUCACCAUCCUGAACGAACGGCUGUUCGACAACGGCAGCGACCGCAUCAAGGUGCCGCUCAUGUGCCUCGUCGGCGCGUCGAACGAGCUCCCUGAGUCGGAGGAGCUGGACGCGCUGUAUGACCGCUUCCUGAUCCGCCGGCAGGUCGCGCAGGUGUCCGCCGCGGGCCUGACCACGCUGCUGUCGGAGCCGCCCGUGGAGGCCCCCACGCCGAGCGGGAACGGCGCGUCCUCGACGGCCGCGCUGGACCCGGAGCGGCUGGUGGAGGUGCGGGCGGCGGCGCUCAAGGAGGUGACGGUGCCGCGGGACGUGGUGGAGCUGGUCGCGGACCUGCGGCAGUUCCUGCAGGACAAGUGCGAGCCGCCGGUGUACGUGUCGGACCGGCGGCUGGUCAAGGCGGUGGCGAUGCUGCGUGUCGCGGCCUACGCCAACGGGCGCACGUCCGUCAGCAAGUACGACUGUCUGCUGCUGCAGCACGUGCUGUGGCAGCGGCCGGAGGAGGCGGACAAGAUCUACGAGUUCGUCCUCUCGCAGUGCACCGAGACGGGCGACACGCAGCAGGUCCGGUACCUGUUGUCGGCGAUCUUCAGCCGCGCCUGCCGCAUCCUCGCGCAGCAGCCGCCGGGGGAGGGCGCGGACGUCGCGAUCUUCCAGAAGCGGGAGGCCCUGCGCUCCGUCCUCGAGGAGACGGUCCAGGUCCGGCAGGUGCUGACGGACAAGCUGCUCGCCAUCGGGUCGUCGGCGUCGGGGAGCCUGCCCGUCGUGAGGGACAACCUCUGGCUCGGUGAGGACGAGGCCGCGGCGGUGGCGUCGGCGCUGCGUCCGAUGAUGGACAAGGCGUCCGGGUCGAUCCAGGAGCUGCUGUACCACGCAGUGACCCUGGAGACGCUCUUCCUGCACGGCGCUGGCGAGAUCGAGGUGGACGGGUUCGACGACGGCGGCGCGCCCCAGAAGCGCACCGAGCUGCAGGCGCUGGACCUCGCCGGCACGCUGCCGCAGUACUGGCACGAGUUCAUCCGCGAGGCGCCCAAGGAGGACGUCAAGCCCCACGGGACGACGCCGAUGUCGAAGAGGCCGCCCAAGCCGUACACGCCGUGA